CCGCGCUACUGUAUAUAUCACAAGCUUGCUGCCGCCCUGACUAACACAUUCACCUAUAUGACUGCACAGAAAUUAUUAACUAGGGAACAGAAUAUUCAUUUAGUUGAUGGUACAAAAAAAACUCUCAACUCAGGAGCAAAUUAUUCACUUCUCUCAAGGUACAAAAACUAUUAACUCUUCUUCAUUUUAUCUUUAUUUGUAUGAGAGUCGGUGGAGUGUGUUCUAUGUGUGAUGAGAUUAAAUGGUGAGCCGCCUAUCCUCUUGUUCCCCAGCCUCAUGUCCUCUCGUAUUCUUUACCUGAACGUUUAACACAGGUCUUGGGUACGUUUUUCACUCGUACUCUGGAGGAUAAAUUAGCGAUAACGGAGGGUGUUUACAGUGUCCCUCGAGGAAGUUCAACAUCCCAACUAUUUCAUCAUUUUCUCCAUUUAACUGUAGUCUUCACCAUGCCCGCUGUUCCAUUCUCUUGUGACUUGAUGUGGAUUUGAACGUAGCACAGACGGCCAUGGUGUUUUCUUUACAGUUCCACCUUUAAGUGUGCAUGUACACCCAGGUUAUGGAUGUGUGACUCUUCCUCAAUCAAGGGACUCUGUAAACACAAACAUCAAUUUACCUAUAGUAGUGUAUACCCAGUGGAGACACGAAGCACAACUCUUGAGCUUAGUUUGGAAGAAUGGCCUCCACACCACUGUACGAUACUAUGUAUGUUGAUAUGAGGUCUCGUACCAUUGUGUUAAGAGGCCGCUGUAUUACCAGAAAUGUCGGGUGUUGUGCACAGAGUAACGUACCGAUUUUAACAAAUAUUUCAAUGAAGGGCAUGGCAAGACUUGUCGCACAGGAAGUGAAAUAUCAAAUUACACAGAAGUGUUUGUGAUUCGUUGAUCAUUUUUGGAUGGAGGUGACGUAGGCGCGAGUCCAGGAGUUUAUCAAAAAGGUGUCAAUAAAAUGUCACAGACAGAAACAAAUGUGUCCGCUCUGUAGUUGUUUAAAAGCUACAGUUAGUUCUUUGUUCCAUCAAGCGAGUGUUUUUACCAAGUGACUGCAGUGCUGGAGAUCACCACCAGGGUGGAAAGAUUUUUAUCUUCAAUUUUUAGUUUAAUAAUGAGUUUUUAUAGUGAGUUACUGGAAGGUGAAAGUAUCUUUAGGUGGUAGACGCUCCUGAAGUUUAUCAUCGUCAACUGUAAGACCAGUACUGUAGUGAGGCGUCAUAGUGGGCCGCCACCAUCAUGUACCGCAACGUCAAGAUCCCCAAGCCCAAGCCGCCAGCUGAUUUCGCCGACUGCUUCGACAUUGACUCUCCCGAUGACAUCAAGUUUGGAGAUUCGGUGUCCCACUGGUUCAGCGACGCCGUCCACCAAGCCAAGUUAAAACACCACUCUAGACCACGCAAAGGUUCGGCUGACUCGAACUUUUCUCAGCCAUCCUCGGAUCUUUCGCUGGACGAGGAGAGAGAGAACCUGAGGCGUGAGACAGAGAGGCAGGCGCUGUCCCAACUGGAUAAGGCCAGGGGGCCUCACCGCGAUGGUCGCGUCAAGCGAAGAACUGAAGGCCAGGCAUUCGUCACGCUCCAGCAGGCCAGGACCAAGCCAGUAGCAUUCUCGGUGCGCACCAACGUGGCCUACGAUGGCUCCCUCGACGACGACUCGCCUGUACACGGCUCAGCCAUCUCCUUCAACGUCAAGGAUUUCCUCCACAUCAAGGAGAAGUACGAUAACAACUGGUGGAUCGGGCGCCUGGUGAAGGAAGGUUCGGACGUGGGCUUCAUCCCCUCCCCCGUCAAGCUGGAGAACCUAAGGCUUCAGCAGUCACAACAGAAGAGCUCCAAGCUCUACUCUUCGAAAACUUCAUCCUCGGGUAACCUGGGAAUGAUAAAUGAUGUUUUAUCCAAUAGCAAGAGCUCCAACUCCCGAGGCUCCACCCCUCCUACCCCCGGGCUUGAUCUCGACAACGGAAUAGACUCCAAUCUGGGUGAUGACUCCGAUUCCUUGGGCAACUCAAAAGGGAAAACAUCCAUCACUACUCCUCCGGCGAAGGAAAAACGGAAACCUUUCUUUAAGAAACAGGAGAACAUCCCUCCCUAUGAUGUCGUGCCUUCCAUGCGUCCGCUAGUGCUCGUUGGCCCUUCCCUUAAAGGGUAUGAGGUGACGGACAUGAUGCAAAAGGCGCUCUUUGAUUAUGUUAAGCACAGAUUUGAGGGAAAGGUAAUCAUCACAAGGGUGAGCGCCGAUAUCUCUCUUGCCAAACGGAGUCUUCUAAACAACCCCAGCAAACGUGCGCUUAUGGAGCGCUCCAACUCUAGGUCUUCAUGUAUAGCAGAAGUUCAAGCUGAGAUUGAGCGAAUAUUUGAGCUAGCAAGAACUUUGCAGUUAGUUGUGCUUGAUUGCGAUACAAUCAACCAUCCUUCACAACUUGCCAAGACAUCUCUAGCUCCUAUUCUUGUAUAUCUUAAGAUCUCAUCUCCAAAGGUAUUGCAGCGUUUAAUAAAAUCCCGUGGCAAAUCUCAAAGUCGCAACCUCAAUGUUCAGAUGGUUGCUGCUGAGAAGUUGGCACAGUGUCCCCCAGAAAUGUUUGAUGUUAUUCUUGAUGAAAAUCAGCUUGAAGAUGCAUGUGAACACAUAGCAGAGUAUCUCGAUGCUUACUGGCAAGCAACGCAUCCUCCCCUGCCUCCUCCUCAGAUACAGCGACCUAUUCCUUCACCUCACACCAGCCCACGGUCCAACCAUGCGCAAGGAAAUCUUAUGAGAACUAAUUCUACUCCACCAGGUCCUCCCGGGUCCGUGGCUCGUGAGCCCGGCUACCCUCGCUAUACGGAUGAGAGAGUCUAUCACCGUGGAGGGCCAACAGGACACGGGGGUCCCCGAGCACUACCUUCCCGUGACCCACGAGAUAUAGAUCCUCGUGACCCUAGAGAUCUAAGAGAUGAUGAGUACAGUGACAGGCUUCCUCCCCAGGACCCUGGGCUUAUGUAUGAUCGCCCACUAGACCGACCCUCUGGACGACGACAGCUGCCACCCACAAGGGAUGAUGAUUACCACUCUCCACACCGCCCUCCCACACGCCAAGCCCUCAAUGUGUAGCAAUUAGCCCUUGUUUGUUGCGGUUAGUGCUUGUUUGUAGCAUUUAAUGCCUUCUGGUCUGUUUUGAAUCCAUAUAGUGGUAAAUAUUUAAUACAACUCUUGAUAUUCAAUGCUUUUCUUGAAGGGUUGAACAUUUUGAGAGGCAUAUGAAGGCUAUAUUCUGAUAAUGGCUACCAACAUUCACUACUGCCACAACCUGAAACCUGUGCUCUUCUGAACUACUGAACACUUUUGAUACCUCCCAGAUGAAAUAAUGUUAUUUGUGAAAGACUUGUAUUGGCUAUGGUAGGUUAUAUAUUUUCUUUAACCUGUGGUUGUCAUGAGCCAAACGCAUAAAAUGGGGUUCCUCCUGAACUGUGCAUUGUGAUAGUCCAUUUCUGAAGUUGAGAAAUCAGUGUUACUUGCCCUUCAGAAGCAUAAUACAUCCUCUGCCCACCCCCACCCUCUGGCUGCCUUACACAAAUAACCCCAUUGAACAGAUUAGAAAUUAUUGCAUAAGGGCCAUCCAUAGAGCUGUGUCAUAUGAGCGAUAAUUGUUUGUAAGCAGCUGGGCACCUGGAGUAAACUGUGAAUGUUAGUCUUCUAAAUAAACUUCUGGUUUUAUUUUACAUUUUUACUACUCUACGAAUUGGAGAGUAACAGGAGUAUAGUUAUGAAGGAUAUGCCAGAAGACAAGAUGAGCUACAAAUUAUUCUGGUGACCCAACCCAUAAAUGAUAAUUCUCAUUUGUCUAGGCUCAUACUGUGUCAUUCUUUAUGAAAAUAAUGAGUUUCAUGUUCUGCCCCUAAGCCUUAGGCAGAAAUGUUUGGGAAAAAUGUAAGGGCUUCACAUUAUAAAUACCAAGUGUAAAUAUAGUUGGUUGUACACUAAGGAUCGGCACAUUAUCCUUUGCCCAAGUUGUUCUUAAAACUGCCUUUUAACCACUGUAGUGUUGGAUAUUACACUAGUUUAUUACACUAGUUUUUAAUAUUUUCACUUUGUAGCUUGGAACUGUUCAUUAUAUUAGGUUUAACAUUUUGUAUUCCAUGAUUGUUCACUUUGCAUCUAACCUUGAAGUUGGAUGAAGUUCAAAUUUUUAUAUGACAAUUUUUCUGACUAAUCCUAAUAGUAAAAGUGUUGCAAAUGAGCAGGAACCAUGCAGUUAGUAACAGAUAUUGUACCAUGAUUUUUUUUUCACCAGUUUUGGGGUAGAGGUCUGAUAAUCACAUUUUGAAGCAUCUUGAUAGCUGCUGCACUUUAUUGAAAGAAAUGUGAUAGUAGAGUAUUAACCAAGCUUUCAAAGUUGACCAAAGUAAAUAUUAUGGUAUUACUGUACCUUUUUAUGUAAUUAAUACUAAUAUUAAGACCAAAAUCAUUCAUCAUUGCAGUUGUUGUUGUUGUAUCCCUUUCCUAACAUAAUAAUGAAAUUGCAUCAAUUUCUACACCAUGAUAGAUUCUUAUUCUACCAUGAGUUUCCUGCAAGUGUCCAUUGCAAAAAACAAACAAAACACUUGCAUCUCAAGAUAGUCAAAGAAUGCUCAGCUGGUGUCAUUAUACAGCAUAGUUUAAUGUACUUAUGUUAUAUAUUUUGGCCAAAAUUUAGUUAUUUGUUAUUAUUAGGUGCAUAGCAGAAGGUCUAUAAUUUGUACUCUUUGAGAUUACAGUACUUGUUUACAUAAUGUAAAGUGCUAAAUAAGCUGAUUGAUCCAGCUGAUAUUAUGGACACUUGACAUUCUCUUUAUCAUGAGACCAGAAUUGUGGAAUAGCCUUUUAUUUUUAUUUUAUUUUCUACAGAGAAAAAAAUUGUAUUCCAUGAACUUUGCAGUACUACCACCAGCAACUUAAAUGCUUUCUCUUACACUUUGAAUUAGUUGAAAACAAACUAGUACAUGACAACACACAUUCAUAUACAUGUACACACAUAAGCACUGCAUAAACUUACACAUUCAUAAACAAACUAGUAUUAUAUACUCUAGCACAUCUGUUUAUUAUUUUCAAGUUUAGUGACAAUAUGAAAAGUGAUAUGCUGAAAUUUCUACUCUGUUAGUUGUUAGUCUCAUUUGGUAUGCCUUAAGAAUUAGUAUUUCCUCAUGGUGAAGACUUAAAAAUCGUUACAUUGAGGAAACUGAUCAAAACACAUGAAAAGUUCUGGGGUGUAAAUAAAUCAUGAAAGAAGCUCCGCAAGUUUGGUCUUGUUAUGUAAUAGAGUUGGAUCUCCUGCUUUAACAAAAAUAUUAAUUUUAAUAGUUAUUUGUACACCAUCAUUAUAUUCCUGGACAGGCAAAUAAUUUGUAUCUGGUAAAACUGUACCCCUUUCCAGAAUUAGCUGGUCUUUAUCCUAGAAAAUCAAAGUUAUAUCUUUAUCUCUCUCUCACAGGUAAACCACAAUUAUCCAGAACAAGCAGAAGUGCAUUAUUAAGUUGUCAUAACAGCAGAAACUAUCCUGGUUAUAAAAUAAAUUUAGGUUUUAUAUUUUUAGCUUACAAUCCAAUACAUGCAGUUUCCUUGAAGACUCUUAGAAUUGGGUACUGUAACUACAUUGCAUUUAUUUGAAUACAAUACUUUAACAGUAUUUUAUGUGCAUUAUAUAAUUGGCUAAAAAUAUUCUUAUACUUAUUAUUUAUUAACUUAACUGUUCAGGUCAUAAUACACAUAUAUCAAACUCAUCAGGAUAGUAACUAAUGGCUUAUGAAAAGCUAAUGUUUCAAUUUCAUACUGUCCCUUCAGUCAAUAAACUUCCUCCAGUUGACAGUAGGGUGUUCCAACACAGUCUCUUCUAUAUAUAUAAGUCCUCAGAACCUUCCUCAAAGUUCCUAUAUGUAUUCCUUCAACCUACCCUUCCAUCAUUGGUCUUCUUUUGUAAAUGUCCCCAUACAUGUACACCUGACUGCACAGUUUACAAUUUUAGCAGUCUCUUUAUGGUUACACCAGUAAUGAUCAAUCAGUUGUAUUAUGUUAAAAUCCUUUUAUUAUGCUUCAUUUCCCUUUCUCGUUUAUUACUGUAGUCUCUUCAUCCACAUUCCUUACUCCACAUGCAUGUAUUAAAAUGAUUAAUCUCGGCUUCUUAUUUAUAAAUACUGUAACUAUUCAACGUGAAAACCGUAAAUUCAGUAGGAUAAAGUGUAGAUUGAACUUGACUAUAUGUAAGAGUUAUUUUCUUGGUAAAGUUUGAGCAUUCUGCCUCCUUCCAUAAUGAUAAUUACUUAUAUUCCAGUGUUCUUUUCAAACAUAAUAACCCAUUACUGUGUAUACUAAUUCAGUAAUCUCAAAGUCUUGUGCCACAUUCUAAAUCCCUUCAGGAAAAUAACACCUACCUAGAUUUACAGUUACAGUAUAUGCAAUAUUAUUUUACUCUUCAGUUCUCUGAGCCAUAUUUUGUCAAUUUGAGCAUUGCCACUGAAUUUAUGCUGUAGUUUCAGUAAUUUUUACAUAUUUUAGUGCUGCUUAUUUUUUAUGCUCAUAACUCAUCAUAAAACAUAAACAAUUCAUAUACUAAACUACCAUUGCAUCAUUGUGUACACUUUUAUUCCAAUUUUAAUCUUUAGCCAGUUAUUUAGUUUACUAAUAGCCUCAUCCCAGAAGGGGUAUACGAGGCAUUGGAAUGACCAUAUGUGCUUCUGCACCAUUGCCCAAUGUAGCAAAGCAUACCUGGGUCCGUAUCUGCACGCGAUGAACUAUACUGAGUAUACAGUCAGCACUGAACUUUUAGGGGAGGUCAUGGUCAAAGGUCAAGGUCAUUAAAAGUUCAAAAAUCAAAAUUUUCAUAAUAAUUCUUGAACAAAGCAUCAUAAGUAUUAUUGAUGUGUUUUGUAUGGUGUCACUUUUCUCCAGAAAAUGGUGCCAAAGAUGAUGAAUUGAAAAAAAUGUAUGUCAAAAAACAUACAGGCAGACCCAGAUUUAUAGGGAUAUGAUUUAUGAAAAUUUAGUUAUGGAAAAAAAUCCCACGUUUUGAUGUACGUACAAACAAAAACCCCAAAUUAAAAAAAAAAUCAUUAGUGAUAAUGUAUUUGUGCUAAAAUAAUGUUUGUUUGUUUUAUAAUACCAGUAUGCUUACUAAUUUCACUAACUUAUUUCAUUAUUCUCUAACACUCACAAUGCUAUUAAGUCUACAAAAAAGAUUUCAAUAUGUCAUAAUUCUCUUACAAUCACCAUAUAACUCACCCCACCACACACACUCAUUCACUGAGCCAGUUACCUGAUUUUUCACUUUCUCCUUAUUUACUCUCCUGUAGUAUGUGGAAAAUGAAAUAAUGGUUAAAGAAUUAUUCUUUUUUCUUAAUUUUCAUAUGCUUAUUAUGUACAAUUAGCCUAGGAAGUGAUGUCACUUUUUUCAGUAUGAUUUAUUCAAACAGCAGUAUCUGGUAAUUUGACAGGUCGAAUAAAUGAAUGACCAGUGGACUGGACGCUUUUGUAGUAAGAUGUUAUGUAAACAAACUUCUGAGCCAAAUUUCUCGCUGCCUAACAUUUUUCUGGCUUUCCCUCGUACAGGUAAAAGGCUUCCAGAUGGAUAGUAAAAGUAAAAGAGCUAUAUCCCAAUCCCAUACUUCAAAGACGAAGAAGAUGUGUGCAGGAAAAAAAGAGGACAGCCAGUCCGAGAUGACACUGCAACACAAGCCGGUAACACUUACUAUAGUACUUCUAGGUGUAGAAUAUUCUACCUAUUGCUCAUAUCUUUGUUUAAAAUGGGUUAUUUUUAGAAAAAUAAGAAAGGCGUAUGUUGCUUUAAAAUAAAUAUUAAUUGAAUGAACGUUCACAAAAGUCAGCAGUUUAACUGAAUUUUAUUCUUUCUCUUAAGUAACGAAUGGCAGUUAAAUGGGAAUCUAUAAUGUUUUAGGUUUUAUUCCAUAGUGCUGAAAAUUACAGUACUUCAGAUCAUAAGUGACAAUUAAUAUUAUUGUAAAUACUUGGGAAAAAAUGUAACAAUAAACUUGUAUUUAAGCAUAUAGGCUAUCUAAAGCUCAAAACUGCUUUAUGAAUGGUUCCCACCUUACGUUGUACAGUAGGGGACACCCUACAACGUUUUCUCCCUGAAGGUGGUGAAUAAUGAAAAUAUUUGUUUACAUAUUCAGUAAUGACUUGGCACAAACGUGGUGAGUAUGAAUAUUAUUUCACUAUAUUUUAUUCGAUAAUUAUUUUGACUUAACACAGUUAAUGUACAGUACAGUAUACCUUUUCAUUUUGAUGUCCAAUGCUAACUCGGCAAAUUAAUCUUGAAUGUCCCUGGGCAAUAAUCUCAGAUCUCAUUAUUUUGUUUCAAAAUAUACUAAAAUUUUAACUACAGUGCAGGAAUUGUUCUUACAAUACAGGUAUGCUUUAGCAUUUAUUAAUUAAUUUCUCUUACUAUUUCACAAACUUGCAUUCCACCCCCCAAAAAAUAUAAGCGAAAAUAAAGCGAGUCUUGUAGUUGUCAGGUACUGUACCUUCUGAUUGAAAGUUUCUGGAUAUUGUGACAUCAUUUAUUUGGGUGAUUGUACAAUAAAGGUAUAGAGUUGUAAAAAGAAGAGUGGAAUUUGGUAGUGAAGAAAUAUUUGAAGGUUUUGAUAUUGCCAGAAAAGCAUGAGGGAGGCCUCCUUAAGUGUAGCAUCAGUUGACUGAGCUGAGACGCUGGCUGGUAUACAAUAAUCUUUCGCCUCUUGUGCUAAAUAUUUUUCUCCAAUGGCUUUAAGGCACCACUUUUUAAGAAUUUGAAGUCAGCCCACAGUCAAAUCACAGUGUUAUGGACUUUUUAGUUCACUGUUCAUGGUUCCAUUUUCUCAAAAUUUCUACUUUAAUUUUUACACUACAUUUUAGCAGUGUUAAACAAAGUUCUAAUCACUUUUUUACUUUACUUGUUUGAGGGCAUGGUGAAAGCAAAAUAAAAACAGUGUGAAGAAAGGCACAGUGCACCUGGCCUAAUGUUUGAACCAGUGUCACAUAGCUCGAGGUAUUCGCGACUAGCGUUCGCACCAUGUACUGUACCAGUAAAUAAAGUAGGAAAUUAGGAUGACACAAUAACUCAUCGGGGUGAAGCGUGGGAUAAUUUUUUCAUAAAGAACAUAGUGUAUCUCAUAUAAUGAGACUCAGUGUACAGUAUUGCAAUUAUAGAUGUUGGUUUAGCAUUUCAUACUGUUCAUUUGUUUCCUAUCUUGUCUGGUUUCUCAAAAGUACAGGUAUAGAAUUUUUACUGUACUGUUGUGUAGUGUUUAUAAUCAUUGUAUUGUAUACACCUAAAAUUGUUGUUCAAAACAUGUUUUGUAGCAUUUUGUUGCAUUUUAUGAUGUUUUGGGAUUUUGUUUGGGGUAGGAAUACAGUACUGUACUGUAUAUCUCUUCUUUUAUAAUUGGAGGCUAUGGGAAAAUGUGCUUCAAUUUACGUAAGACUUUUCAAGAAUGGAACCCUAUCUUAAAUCAGAGCCUGCCUGUAUUUACCUGUAUCAUAAAUACAAUCUUCUUUAGGAAUUAACUUAUGAGACCCCUUGGGGGUGCCACUUAAGAAAAUAUGACCUUGAUAACUCAGUCACAGUGACCAAAAUACUUGCAAUUUUCUUAAAUCAUUGUACCCCAGAAAUUGCAGGAUCACAUCUCUAUGAAUUUGGUAUGGAGAUUCUUUGUAGGACCCUUCAUCAUUUCAAAAAAUAAAAAUUCAAGUAAACAGUGAAGUGACAUCAUGAGUGAGAGAUUGUGAUUCCAGUAGCACUAGCAUGGCUGGGGAAUGGUAUGUGGCAUACCUCUUAAUUGCUUUGAUUUAUGAUGUCUUAGUACCUUGAAGAAUACAGUCUCAUUCAACAUUCUAAAUUAAUUUCUUGCCUCCUGUGACAAAGAAUUUUUUGCAUAGUUUUAAGUUUAUUCUAAAGUGAAACUCCUGAAAUUCCAAAACAAUAAUAGUACAGGUUUGAUAUGACAAGGUUGGUAAUAUUUAUUAAAAUUUUUGUUCAUUA